GGGCUCGAUAAUUGUCCUUAUUUGUAUGCACGAAUCGGGAUCGAAAUGAUAUUGAACAGGGAAAGAAAUAUUCCACUGACAGUGACAGACUAUUGACGUUACUUUAUUAAUUCGGGACCAUGGAUCGGUCCGAAUCCCGGUGUUCGAUGAAUUCCGAAGAAGAGGAGGAAGUCUCUUCGUCUUAUUCCAGUGAAAAACAUUCCGGGAACCUCAUCAAAAACUUUGAGUACUUCAGGCGCGAGGGAGGCUACAGUGAUGUCAUGCUCAAAGUCGGCCAGAAGUCGUUUCCCUGUCACAAAAUCAUUCUAGCCGCUGGCUCACCUUACUUCAAAUCCAUGUUCGAGUCCGGAAUGGAGGAAAGCAGAAAAUCUUGUAUUGAGAUGAAGGAGGUGGACGAAAACGUGUUUGAGAAGAUUCUUCAUUUCAUUUACACUGGGAAAGUGGAAAUCACAUCCUGUAUUUUACAGGAACUUUUCGGACAGUCCUGCAUGUUUCAGGUCACGGCGCUGGUUGACUUGUGCGUGAGGCAUUUCCGCCUGCACAUGACGGAAAAUAAUUGUUUGGCUGCGCUUACUCUAGCCGAUUCUCAUGCUCAUAAAGAUCUAUACAAUUACGCGAAGGAGUACGUCUGUAUGAACUUUGGUGUUGUGUCUCAAGAGGAAGACAUCUGUAGACUUUCAGCCGAUUGUAUCAAAGACAUUCUCUCGUACCCAAAGCUGGACUGUGAAGGAGAGGAGCAAGUGUUUGAGUUUGCUGUGAGAUGGCUGGAUUUUGAAGAAGAGAGAGAGAAGAGGAAACAUCACAUCUACAAAAUUCUCAGCUGUGUGAAGUUUCCCCAGAUGAAGACAAGCUAUCUCACAAGUGUGGUGGCCAAAUCUGCCUAUCUGGCGGAUGACGAGGGGAAAGAGUUACUAGAAAAUGCCAUGAUUUACCACCUCCUGCCUUCCAGAAGGCCAUUGCUGCCUUCAUACCAAAUCACUCCGAGGUCCUCCAAACACAUGGAGGUUGCUGUGCUUUUGGGAGGUCGCCUCGCGGAUGGCUUGAGCAAUGAUGUGGAGUGCUACAAGCCAGACACCAGGGAAUUCUUUGCCUUGAAGCAGCUACCAUUUAAGAAAAGAAACGAAUUUGCAGCUUGUGUGGUUGGAAACGAUAUUUACGUUUCUGGGGGACUAAGGAGCGGAGAGUUCUGGAAGUUUGAUUACGACUUUGCGACCUGGAUUCGUGGAAUCACUCUUUUGCAGCCCAGACGACGCCAUGCAAUGGCCGCUGUGGAUGAGAGCAUCUACGUGUUGGGGGGCUUCGAUGAAGACAGCGUCUUGGACUCAAUUGAGGUCUGGAAACCCGGAAACAACCAAUGGAAAUUGUAUGGAAAUCUUGCAAAUCCUGUGGAAAACAUGGGGUAUGUCGCCUAUGGAACAUGUAUUUAUCUCUUUGGUGGUAAAAACCAGGAAGAGGUUGUGACAAACACAGUCCAGUGCUUCGAUACGCGGACCGGCCAAGCCACAAUUCUGGAACAGUCCUUGCCGGCGUCGGACAUGUGCGUAAGUGCGGCCGUUCUCAAUAACCUUAUAUACGUAGUUGGACUGGAAGGAUCAUUCAAAUUCCACCCAGACAACAAGACGUGGGACGUUCUCCCUGACAUGACGUGUCCGCGGGACUUUGUCAGUCUGACGGUUCUCGAUGAGAAACUGUACGCCUUUGGGGGGAGGCGUAGGGGGGCCCAGUCUGACCUGUACACAGACAUCAUCGAGUUCUACGAUCCCGUGAAGAGUGAGUGGAAGAGGUGUGGAACUAUCCCAGUCCCCAUGUAUUCUUAUGGGUGUGUCCGGGUCAUCCUAGGGGAGAAAUAUCUGAAUGCCAAUUCAAGCAAUCUUGCCGCAAGCUGAAUUUGUUAAAGAGUUUUUGAGUGUUGUUGCUUGUUACUUAAUGAUAUGAAUUUUUACACAAAAUUUUAUGUACUUAACAAAUCCUUAACUACAAAUUUUCCUUAUGAUAAAAGAAUGAUAUGAUCUUACUAUUUUUUACAUUUUACUAAAUAAUGUACAUGAUGUAUAUGACUACAUAUUUGUAUAUAUAUGUGGCUAAUGAAAGAACCAGUUCAUAUAAUUUAGUGUUUAAAGACACAUGGGGUAUUGUAUUGUCAGUAUAUAUGAAUAAUUAUGUACUUUUAACAGCUGUAAUAAUACAUUGGGGCUGCAUGGUAACAUACAAUGCUUCAAGUGUAUUAUCACCAAAUGAAGCCAAUUCAAGCAUUAUAUGUUACCAGAGAAUGUGAGCUUAUUAUACAGUCAUUUAAAUUUAGCAAAAAUCCAAAGCUUUUAAUUAGCAGUGUUCCUAAUCACCAUGAUAUUAUAAACAUGCUUCUACUUUGAUUAGAAAAAUUGAAAUUAUCAUUAUUAGUAAAAUAUAUGUUUAUUACAGAAAUUUCCUCACUCAAUUUUGUGCUCAUAGUAGUAAAAUGUUCAUUUAUUGAGCAUGUUGAGUUUUCAAAUUAUGAGAUUGCUUUUUACAUCGAUCAAGAAGGUAACUUUAAUUAACCCAUUAGUUUUGACAAGUGAACAGAAGUUUAAUUUCAGCAACUUAAAUUUGGCAAUCUGGUCUUCUCUUCUAAAAUAAGAGAAAAUUAUGCACUCCAUCAAAUAACCUGCAGCUAUUACCGGUAGAUAUAUUGUUGAUGAAAGUAUUGCAAAUGUAAUGAACUUAAUUAAUCUACAGAAAGUUGUUUAAGCAUGUGCAGUAUUUUUACAGCAAGGUUAUUUCUUAAAUUCUUACUUAGUCUUCCAUUUACGUUGGUUACUAUCCAAGCAUUAGAUUGACUUGAGGUGUAUUUUAUUUGCAAAUUUCAUCUAAAGUUCCCUGCAGAAAAGAAAAAAUCUACUAAUGCAGAGGGAUUAAAUGAGAUAAGUUACACAUAUCUUUGCUGUCAAUUAAGUAAGCAAUUAUGUUCCUUUUACCCAGCGUCAAGGUUACCAAAGAAAGAAUUUCAUCGCUAUUCUAAGAUUUAUACAAGAUCGCAUGUAAUAUGGAGAAUUCAGUCAUAUUUUACUGCUAAAUGACUGGUAUUAUAUAAGUUCCCAAAGAUAAAAUGUUUAUGCUAUUCUAAAUUCAACUAGGCAAAUCAAGUUAAUGAUAAUCUUCUAAAGAUACAUCUCAGAAAAAGUCCUGGCCUAUGGAUUGAUAUACCAAUUUGUUACAUGUAUGAAUAAUUGUGUCAUGCAAAUUUGAAUUUUUAAAAUUUAAUAUCCUGGGCAUUGUAUUGAUAACUUAUGCUUGCUUGACAUUAUUGAUUUUGAAUAUGGUGUGUUGUAUAUCUGGAGCUCACAGUGUACAUUCAGUUCUAGGUACCAUAGUCAUUUACAAAGAAUAUGUCUGUUUAACGGGCACAAUAUACAGCUGUGAUCCAAAUUAUUGGUGCAUCAUCCACUGAAAUUGUAUGUGUAUGGGACUUUUUAAUAUUUGUUGAAUGAUAAAAAACUAUAGUGAACCAGUUUAAAUAACUGCAUGUGUCAUUGUGUCAUGUAGUUAUGCAUUAAUUCCAAGUCUAUUUUUUCAGUAAUUAAUAAAUGCUAACAAUCUUUUUGAUCCAUGCUAUAAAUCUACCAUGUAUUGAGUAGAGGUAUUUUUAGGGGGGAGGGGGUGUUCCAGUAAGGGAGAAGUGCCACCUUUCAUUUAACAAAUAGGCAUGCAGGAUUGAAAGAAGACUGACUGUUUAUUCAAAACUUAUAUGGUUACAACUGUAAGAUCGUUUUCGUUAAUGUUUCUACAGAUUUUUACAUUUAAUACUUGUCUAGUCUCUUUAUUUUUUGGAUGGAAAAUUUCUAAUUUAUGAAUAUACAUGUAAGGUUAUGUGAAUAUUCAACAGAUUAAGCAGGGAGACUUUGGAGACUUUCAUUUUUAUAAAGGGAAUAGUGAAUUCUUGUUCCAAAGAUUUUAUUCCACUUGACGUCAAAAUUAUUCCAUUCAAACAAGGUUUACCGUAGAAUGCCAUAUAAAAAUCAAAACUUAUAUCAUACGGGCAGUGCUGUAUUUUGCCAACAUCAUAAAUUUUUACAUGAAUUCACCCAAUUUCCUUUUGUCAUCUUCCUCUGUUAUUGUCUUCAAACUUUGAGGGUCAACAUACAAUGUACAUGUAUCUAUACAUUGCCACAGUGUAUUAAAUUUACGUAAAUUUGUUUAAUAUUCAUUAUGUGUCAUUAAUUGUAAAAUCUUCUAGUCUUAAUUGACAAUUAAAUGUUCAUCUUGUUACAUGUACAAUUGCAAAUAAGACAAUGUUUUUAAAAUAAGUCAGGGGAAAGUUUUUUAUUUUUUGAUAAAGGUGUUAAUAAUUUCAAUUUUAUGAUAUUGAUUAUAUUUCUUUGGAUAUAAUAUGGAUGUUAUAAACUUCUUGUUUUGUGAUUUGUGCAAUGAAUGGUGCAUUUUAAAAAAAAAGAAAUAUAACAAAGUCAUGUCAUGAAUUCUGGUAUAUGACCUUAGUUAUAUUCAAUUUGGUCAAAUGAGAUUGAUAAUUAAAAUAAUUGAUUAUGAUAAUUUUAUUCUUGCUAGCCAAGGGCCACAACCCUUACUCUCAGAAAGAUGUUGCUAUUAUACAUGCAUAAUGUAUUUUCUCUUGGUGUUCGUAUGUAGUACAUGUAAUUGCAUUCACCCUUUAGCUACCUUUCUUAGUUUAAGCCAGUAUCUAAUAUAGUUAUUUUUGCCUCAUAUUAGUUUCGCCCUUCUACACUUCCAAAUGAUUUUGACCCUCUUAAAUUCGCCUGGGCUUAGUAAGAAAUAUAUACUCUUUGCUAAUUAACACAGUGGUCCAGAAAUUGUUUUGAUUUCGCCCAGUCUAAAGUUUGCCCACUAACAAUGAGGGGUGCAUGAAAAAAAAAAAAAAACAAAAAACAAAAAAACCUGCUACUAUUUCCCUGCAUGUAUACUUUUCUAAGAGAUCUUUUUAGUUGUUUGUCUAGUCGUUUAUUGUUGCUAUAUUUAUAUGUUUACAUAGUGCUUGUAUUUUUUAUCAACACAGGAACCUGUUUAAUUUUUCUCUGUUUCCCUGCUUUUAAAAGCAGUGUUACAGAGAAAAAUUGCAUGGAUCCUGGAAAUAGUACCGGUACAUGUAUUUUAAAACAUGGCUUAAGAAGUCUUUGGGAAUAAAAUUCAAAUUACAAGGCAAGAAAACAAAUGCCUAAAAAUCUAAAUAUAUCAUUGCUUUUAUAAAUACUAAAUCAUUUUAUUGACUGAUGAGAUAAGUGAGAGGAAAGCAUUCAGUUGAAAGUUAGUAAUGAUAAAUGCUCUAAUGAAUUUAUAUUACAUUGUAAUUUUUGUAAGUGAUUUGCUCAAAACAUUGAUAUUACUUGUCUAUAACUUAUAAUGCUUGCUUUGUAUCCAUUUACAUGUUCUGUAUACCUCUUGUAACGGUUCUAUAAUGUAUUGUGACCUGUUGAUGCGGCAAUGAAUAAUUUACUAUUUUC